CCCUGCUAUGUGUCAAGUGGCAAGCAAACCGAUUGAGGGCUAGGGAGAAGGGGAGGGAUGGAGGGGGAAUAUUAGGAGAGGGUCCAAGGGGUCUCUUUUCUAUGGUGUUUCUCAGGUUGAAAAGAAUGCUAGGGUUUGGGUGAGAGAAAAGUUGCAGAGGACCGUACAUAACAAAAGCCAGAGGAAGCUGGUUAAUCAUCAGUGCAACUCUGAUAAGGCCCUGCCAGUUGGACAUGGGGUCAACCUAGUCAGAGACGAAAGGUUUUGUGAAGCUGGAGGAUCAGUCAAGGCUGUGUGGCUGGAGCUUGAGACCAUGCCUGGGACAAAACGGUUUCAACAUGUCAUUGAGACUCCUGAGCCAGGCAAAUGGGAGCUGUCUGAAUAUGAAGCAUCCUUGCCGAUCACAGAAAAGUCAAAUCCUCUGACCAAGGAUUUAGAUAAGGCGAACGCUGAACAAAUUGUCCAGCUUCUGGGGCAAUGUGAUGCUGAGAUCUUCCAGGAGGAGGGAUCAGCCAUGCCUGCCUACCAGCGGCUCUACAGUGAAUCGAUUUUAACAACUAUGGUCCAUGUGGCUGAAAAAGUUCAGGAAGUACUGAAGGAUCCUGAAGGGGGUCUCGUCGUUCUGAGUGGAGGGGGAACCUCAGGCCGGAUGGCGUUUCUUAUGUCAGUUUCCUUUAAUCAAUUAAUGAAAGGCUUGGGACAGAAACCUCUCUACACCUACCUCAUUGCAGGGGGCGACAGGUCUGUGGUGGCCUCUAGGGAGGGAACUGAGGACAGCGCCUUGCAUGGGAUUGAAGAACUGAAGAAGGUUGCUGCAGGAAAGAAACGAGUGAUUGUCAUUGGCAUUUCUGUUGGACUCUCUGCUCCUUUUGUGGCUGGUCAGAUGGAUUUCUGUAUGAGUAACCCAGACAUCUUCUUGCCUGUUUUGGUAGGAUUCAACCCAAUAAACAUGGCUAGAAAUGAUCCCAUUGAAGACUGGAAUUCUACAUUCCGUGAAAUUGCUGAAAAGAUGCAGAAGCUGCAAGAGAAACAAAAAGCAUUUGUGCUCAACCCUGCAAUUGGGCCUGAAGGACUCAGUGGUUCCUCCAGAAUGAAGGGUGGAAGUGCCACCAAGGUCCUUCUAGAGACUCUGCUGCUGGCAGCACACAAGACUGUGGACAGGGGCAUUGCAGCCUCUCAGAGCUGUCUACUGGAGAUCUUGAGAACAUUUGAACGAGCACACAAAGUCACCUACAGCCAAGGCACCAAGAUUGCAGCACUGAUGAAGCAGGCAAGCACCAGUCUGGAGAAGAAAGGCCGAGUAUAUCUAGUUGGUUGGCAGACUCUUGGUAUUAUUGCCAUUAUGGAUGGAGUGGAGUGCAUACACAGCUUUGGUGCAGAUUUCCAAGAUGUUCGUGGAUUCCUAAUUGGGGAUCAUAGUGACAUGUUUAAUCGGAAGGAAGAACUUAUAGACCAGGGUCCACAGUUCUCCUUUUCCCAAGAAGAUUUCCUCUCUUCUAUCUUGCCAUCCCUCACUGAAAUUGAUACUGUGCUCUUCAUCUUUACCCUGGAUGACAACCUCACAGAAGUAGAAACAUUGGUGGAACAAGUGAAGAAGAAGACUCCUAAUAUCCAAGCCCUGGCACAUAGCACAGUGGGGCAGUAUUUACCAUCCCCACUGAAGAAACUCUUUCCAUCCAUUAUCAGCAUCACCUGGCCCCUGCUUUUCUUUGAAUAUGAAGGGAACUUCAUCCAGAAAUUCCAGCGUGAGUUGAGCACCAAGUGGGUGCUGAACACAGUGAGCACUGGGGCCCAUGUUCUUCGUGGGAAGAUCCUGUAUAACCAUAUGUUGGACCUACGAUUACGCAACUCCAAGCUCUUCUGGCGGGGCUUGGCCAUGCUGCAGAGGUUUUCAGGUCAGCCCAAGGCUCAAUGCAUUAAGAGCCUUCUCAAGGCCAUCCAUUUCCCUCAAGAAGUGUCAGAGGAGAUCCAGGCAGCUCCUAUUUCCUACCACAUUCAGGUUGCACAUGAGAAGGAACAGGUGAUCCCCACUGCACUACUGACUCUCCUAUUUCGAUGUUCCAUCCCUGAAGCGAAGACCCACCUUACUGCUUCCCCCUCUGUUUGUGAGACCAUUAAGAACAUACUUCUUCGCCUGGGUCGGAAGCGCAGUGCGGACUCCAUCGAUACUCUCAAGAUGACCAUUGAAUAGCUCAGCAGAUGGAAAGGAACUCAGUUUAUGGAGUGGGGGAACAUCAAACAAAUAGGAGAGAAAAAGAACAAAAUACUUUAAAAUUUGGGACCCCCCUGGGGAGGUGGGGAAGAUACUCCCAAGAGGUAUGUCCCAUUCCAGAUUUUGGAGAAAUGUCUAUUCUGUUGCUUCCAUUGAUUCCUCUUCUGAAAAAAAAUGUGGCAAUUGGACUAAACAAUCUCUAAUAUUUACCUUCCAGCUCUCCAAUUCUGUGAUGCUAUGAAAGGGAAAUUCCUGAACACAUAAUAUGUAUCUCUGAUCUUUUCAGUCUAUUCUUGUUUCAAAAAUGAAACUUUGGCUUUUUGUUUCAUAAACUUUUUUUCUGAGUAUCCAGAUAGGGAGAAUUGGAUGCAGGGAGGAGGGGUAGAAAGGAUUGGUCUUAGAAAUUAUGGCACUUAGGGCCUUAUCAAGGUAGAUUGACCUUCUUUAAGUAAGUAAGGAAAUUCCUGUUUAUGCUACCUACAGGCUUAACUUUUUGUUUCCUAGAUAUUGUGAAAUUUAGAUUUACUCCACCCUGCUUAGUCUUUAGAAUUUUAGCAACCAGGAAUGUAUACACCCUCACUUAAGGAUUAAGUGUGGGGGAGGAAGGUCUAUAACCUGAGUGUGCUAGCAAGUGACAAAUCAGAAACAACUAACUGACCCCCUGGGCUGUCCAAAGCAAAGUUUAAGCCACCAUUGGGGUUUCAUUUAACCACUUACCCAGUUUCAUUUAACUACUUAAUGCCAAUUAGCCUUUAUAAACUCCAUCUACUUUAAAAGAUAUAGCAACAACCAAAUCAAAAUAUUUUCCCCUACACCUUGGGGAACUAACUGCUCUCCUCUGGCAUCACCUUGGUCCCUGCCAGGAAUAGGGGAGUAGGCUUACUCUUAACCUAGUUUCUACUGGUACCACCAAAUGAUCCACAGCACUUGUCCUGAAGAAGUCUCCUUGCUCCUUGGGGCUUCAUGCUGCAGUGGCUACAAAUAAGACUCAGAAAUGCUGGGAUGCUCACAUGCCUUCUGAUUCAUAGUUUCAGAACACAAAAAGCCUGAGGCUCCACUUACAUGUAAAUUUUUUGUAUGAAAAUGACCCUAUGCAAAUAUUUGUCAGGUUCAUAAUAAUAAAAAUUAAAACAAAAGCC